AUGGGGUCGAGUUCAUCAUCUUAUGCCCCUAAAACUAUUUAUCUGGAUGUGGAUGGAAAGGUGCAAAGGGUGAUUUUCAGUCGACACUGUAGCCCAUGUGAUAUUAAGGAACUUCUUUGUUCAUCAUCCAAUAUUGCCAGAAACACGGCUAUACUUCUGAUUGACUCGGAAGGAGCAAUGAUAUCUAUUGACCCCACCAUGCCUGCAAACACACCAAACAACUUAUAUAAGGUUAUGCCUCAUUCCACAAACCAAGGAGGAGAGAAGGAAGACAUGUUCCAGAACGUCCUGUCACAAGUGGCAGAGCAGUUCAGCAGGGCUUUCAGGAUCAAUGAGCUGAAGACUGAAGUGACCAACAGACUGGCCAUGCUGGAGAAGAGAGUGGAGCUGGAAGGACUUAAAGUGGUGGAAAUUGAGAAGUGUAAAAAUGAUCUGAAGAAAUUAAGGGAUGAAAUGACCUCUAGAGGAGGAGUGAGAGUGAACUGCAAUUGCAAAUACAAUUUUACUGAUGAUGGGAAAAAACUGUCUCCCAGGCGAGAUGUCCCAAACUACCCAAAGUACACACUUUCUCAGGAAACUAUAGAGGCUCUGAAAAAGCCUACCUUUGAUGUCUGGCAUUGGGAACAUAAUGAGAUGCUUAGCUGUCUGGAGUAUAUGUAUCAUGACCUUGGACUGGUUAAGGAGUUCAACAUUAACCCCAUAACUCUCAAAAGAUGGCUGCUUGCAAUUCAAGAAAACUACCGCGACAACCCUUUCCACAACUUCCGCCACUGCUUUUGCGUGAGCCAGAUGAUGUAUGGAAUGAUCCAUCUGUGUAACCUUCAGGAGAGGCUGACUAUGACAGACAUGUGCAUUUUGAUGACUGCAGCCGUGUGUCAUGACCUGGACCACCCGGGAUACAACAACACGUAUCAGAUUAAUGCUCGCACUGAGCUGGCCGUGCGCUAUAAUGACAUCUCUCCACUGGAGAACCAUCACUGUGCUGUGGCUUUCCAGAUCCUCUCUAUGCCCGAGUGCAAUAUAUUCGCCAACGUGGAGCCUGACUCCUUCAAACAGAUACGACAGGCGAUCAUUACUCUUAUCCUGGCGACGGAUAUGGCCAGGCAUGGAGAGAUACUGGACUCCUUCAAACAGAAAGUGGACAACUUUGACUUUACCAAUGAGGAGCAUGUUAAAUGCCUGAAGAUGGUGUUGAUCAAGUGUUGUGACAUCUCCAACGAGGUCAGGCCCACUGAGGUGGCAGAGCCGUGGGUGGACUGUCUCCUGGAAGAGUACUUCAUCCAGAGUGACCGAGAAAAGUCAGAAGGUCUUCCUGUGGCUCCAUUUAUGGAUCGUGAUAAAGUCACCAAACCAACGGCACAAAUUGGCUUCAUUAAAUUCGUCCUCAUCCCAAUGUUUGAGACCGUCAUGAAGCUCUUUCCACAGAUUGAGGAGAUCAUGGUUCAACCUUUGAGGGACUCCCGUGAUCACUAUGAAGAGCUCAAGCAGAUAGAUGAUGCCAUGUCAGAGGCACAGAAGAAGAAAACAGAGAGUAUGUCUUUAGGUGGAAAGAAGAAAUAGCCAACUUGCUUCUUUUAUGGGAUCUCAUGCUCAUCCAGCUCCCAGUUUCCUCAAAACUGAGGUUUUGAACAGUUUGAGCUCUCCAAGCACCCUAUUUCUGAAGGAGAGUGUUGGACCCCCUUCUGUGUAUUGAGACAUCCAGA